CUGGAACUUUAGGUACUAGUUGUAGCUAGACUGCAGCGACCAUGUCGGGCUAUGCCAAGCCACGUACCAUGCCGAUGGGGCCACCUUUGCCUCUACAGGAGCUCUUGCCAGACAGAAUACCAGAGGCUCCAGCCCUUCCAGAAGCUUCUCCUCUUGGGGGCUUAACCUGUCCCUUAGGCCCAAAUGCGUCACCCACCCUUACGACGCCUCAGUGCAAUGGGUCAAACAUUUCACCCAAAGGCUUUGGCGAUGUCACGCCUUUUUCGGCUGCUUCGAACAAGCUUGGGGGGUUGAGCGACAUGAACGAGUGGGCCUGGGAAAUGGGCAGUCAAUGCAGUGUGCCUUCUGCAUGGUCGAAGCCUAGUACAGUUCACAGCAGUGUAAGCAAGCUGAGCUCAGCCACGGGUGAAGGGUUGAUUCCUGGACUGGUAGAUGGACAGCGGCUGUCGUCCGUGAAGCCCUGUGCAGUUCCAACUACAGGAGGAAAAGUUGUCGUCAGCCUCCGCAAAGAGGUACCUCAGGGCUUUUGGGAUAGAUUGGCAAUUUUCUUGGUGAAUGGCCCGGUGCAAAAAAGACUGACGCCAACAGGUGUCAAACGAGGCAAGAAACUUUGUCUGGAAGUUCCUUCAGGCAUGGAGCCAGGCGAUUACGACGUCCGAUUAGCUUUUGGAGAAAAAAUCAUUCAUGGUGCCAUACCACUGGCUGUAAGAGAUGGAGAUGAAGAGGAUGAUGAAGACUCUGAAGGGUGAGGCUGCGCGGCGUCGAGCCUGGCACGAAGUCCUCGUGAAAAAGCAAACUACUUAGCCUAGCUUCGAACAUCUUCGAACAUUUGCCGAUCUUCGUUAGAGAUGAUUUUAGACUUUAUCUCGC